AUGCGUGGCGAGUCUGCGCUGCGAUCCAAAGCGCUUCGAACGAAUCCGCACGACCAAGCUCCAAACGGAUUGGGACCGACGUACCGUCUUCAUCAACUCCAAACGGAUUUCGGAACAACAGCACACUAUAUUUUAGUGCAAUCAAAGCGCUCAUUGGGUCCCAAAAAUCAAGACGAAAUCAUGGUGCUGGUGGGCGACCCUGGUGUAGGCAAGACCAACCUCCUCGCCACCUUUCUCGCCGACGAAGCCGCCAACGAGCAAGGAAUCUCUCGCAGUUUCUCCGCCGUACGCAAGGCCACAAUUGGUGUCGAGUUCGCAACUGCCAUCGUGCGCCACCCCAAUGGCAAGCGCAUCAAGGCGCAGAUCUGGGACACUGCUGGACAGGAGCGUUAUCGUGCAAUCACAAGCUCGUAA